UUCAGCCAGUCAGUCCACUGUCAGUGAGGGCAGCUCGCGGCGGGUUUCGGUGGAGUCACAGCACCUUACAGCUCAGAGAGGAGACAAGUCAGAACAGCUCAGCUCCCGUCUGUGUUCGCUUUCACACAAACCGCCGCACGGGAACAGCUCAUCACAUUUGUAUGCAGGUAUAAAAUGUAGCGAGUACUCUGCGGUGAAAUUCGUCUGUCUAAUUGUAAUACAGGCGCGUUAAUGUAGUUCCGAACGAGAGAAUUAAAAACAAGAUUUUUUAUUAUACCAAGAUGCAGCCUUAGUUCGUCUUCUCGCGAGGUGGAAGUUGAAUUUCAGUCCAACAGUUCCUGUCGAGAUGGAGAGCAGCAGUCCUUAGCCGAGCAGACGAGAUGGGGAAAUGGGAGUUAACAAUGAACCCAGUGCAGGAGUGGGGCGAGGAGUUUGAGGACGGCGCAGUUUAUGGGGUCACUCUGCGCCGGGAGCCUGUCCCUUCUGCCCAGAACACCAGUGAGACAAAUCCAUGCUGCGCCUUUGUCCAGUACCGUACCUGCAAGGUGCGGCGUCUGAAGGCCGCUACCCUGGACCUGCUGGUGAAUCAUCUCCUUGACCCCAGCUGUCAGGAGCAGGAUUAUGGCAGGAUCUUCCUCUCCACAUACAGAACAUUCACCAGUACCACAAAGCUUAUAGAGCUGCUCUUCCAGAGAGACAGUGCUGCCUCAGAUCUGGACAACAGUGAAUGCUACAGGAGCCCUCUGCUGACCUUUAUCCAGACAUGGUUGGAUGAGUACAGUGAGGACUUCAGGGAUCCUCCCCAGCACCUGGCACUCAGGCUGCUGUUGGACCACCUGAGGAUCAGCUCUGCAGUGUACGACAAUAUGCGUAGCCAACCCAACUUCUGCUCGCUGGCUGGGCAAGCUGAGGCGCUGCUUCAGAGGUUCCAGAAAGAAGAAGCUGAGAUAAAUGCCAGAACUACCCUGGCAGAUCUAGAACAAGAGGAGGAGGGAUCUGGUGAUGAGGAUUCAGGAUGUGAAAACUCUGUGGAUCAAGGUGGUAUCAUGGAUUUCUCCACUGCGGCCAUUGCUGAACAGCUCACCCGAAUGGAUUCUGCUCUGUUUGUCAAAGUGGUGCCUUACCAGUGUCUGGGCUGUGUGUGGUCUCAAAGAGACAAGAAGGAAAACAUGUCUCCCACCAUCCGAGCCACUAUUGCGCAGUUCAAUGCCAUCACCAACCAGGUCAUCGUGUCCCUGCUCUGCCAGCCUGCAGACCCCACCUCCAGUCCCACUUCUUCCCGCCAGCCUCCCACUACUCCAGCGCAAAGGGCCCGCAUCAUAGAGAAGUGGAUCAGAGUAGCACAGGACUGUCGUUGGUUGAAGAACUUCUCCUCUCUAAAGGCGAUCCUGUCAGCCCUGCAUUCGAAUGCAGUUUACAGGCUGAGAAAGACCUGGGCUGCUGUUAGCAGAGAUAGCAUGACCACGUUUGAUAACCUCUGUGAGACCUUCCCUGAUGAGAACUGUGUUCUAACCAACAGAGAGCUCCUGGGGGAGGAUGGAGGCCAAGCGUCUGUGGAUAACAUUUCUCCAAAGAUAUCCAAGCGGUGUCCGAUCCCCAGACAGAUGAGCACCUCCAGUGGAGUGGUUCCUUACCUGGGUACUUAUCUGACUGUCCUCACCAUGCUUGACACUGCUCUGCCAGACACUGUGGAGGGUGGGCUCAUAAAUCUUGAGAAGAGGAGGAGGGAGUUUGAAGUUCUGUCACAGAUCCGUACGCUGCAGGCGUCCUGUUCCCAGUACAACCUGCCCCAUCACUCCAGAAUUGCUGCCUGGCUACAGAGAUACACGCUGCUCACUGACCAGGAGAGCUAUGAACUGUCGAGACAGCUGGAGCCUCCAGUGGACCUGUGUUCACCAACUCUGUGGAGCCACCGCACACUCACAAAGAAACUCUCCAGUCUCCUGACAGCGAGUGAUGGAUCUAAAAAACUUCCUGCUGACCAGAUCAGUGUUUCCUCUUCUGGAUCCAGUGGAUCUGAGAUGGAGGAUCUCUCCUCCCCAAACUCAGCCUGUUCCAUCAGACUGCAGUCCUUUCACAGCUCGUGCAACAAUGUGUCUGAGGCCUUCUCCUCCUUGUCCUCCUCUUCCUCAUCCUCCCCCUGCUCCUCUGCGGCCUCGUCCCCAGACUCCCCCACUCCCUCUGUCUCGUCCUCUGACUGCCAAGCGGACAUGUGCUCCCCGUCCUCGUCGUGCAGCGGUGCUCGGCCAAAGGCCUCCCACCACAAACGCUCCGUGUCCAUGACCUCGCUGCCCGUGUAUAACCGUCAGGUGGAUGACUCCUGCAUAGUCAGGGUGAGCGUAGACCUGGCCCAGAGCAACGGCAACAUGUACAAAAGCAUCCUGUUAACCAGCCAGGACAAAACUGCUCAGGUGAUUAAGAGGGCACUGGAAAAACAUCACCUUGAGCACAUGAACUGGCAGGAGUUCACCCUGACACAGGUCAUCUCCCCGGAAAGAGAAUUGCUCAUACCGGACAAAGCAAAUGUCUUCUAUGCUAUGUCCACGACGGCAAACUUUGACUUUGUUUUGCGGCAGUUCCCCAAAGGCCAGAGGAAACCACUGAGGGCCACAUGCAGCCUCGGACGAUACACAAAGUAGCACCUCUAUUCGACAAAUUCUCCACCUGGAAUACAAGUGGUCAGGUGAAAAUGUGACUGACAAGAUGAUGCAAAAGCACUUUACGAAGAAGAAAGCAGCAGAAACUGAUGAAGCUUGAAUAACACACGGAUGGGACAUGCUUUUAUCUCCUAAUGGAAUAAACUGGGUAGGAGUCCUACGAUUAAACCAAAGGAAAAAGGGUUAAAAAAAAAAAAAAUGAACCCAUUCCUUAACUUUUUCCCAGCAAUGUGUUGGCAAUAGAUUUUCUCUCUGGGUCUGCAGCCAGAUGUCACCUUCAGUAAUUCUAUGAGUAUGAAGACGGACACAGAAACACGUGCCAAUAUCAGCGACCUACUUAUACAUGAACAUUGAAAAAUGACCGGCCAUUUCCCAACACAACUGGGUGCCAUUAAUAACCUGUGUGUUAGAAAGGGAAUGGAGGUCAGGUGCUGUGUGAAGGGAGCACAGCCAGUAAUGAACUCCUGGGGCCCCGCAGCAGGUUGUCAGCUGCUUGAGAUGAGAUAGCUCAGUGUGCUAAUGCAUUGCUGUGCCUGUGCCAUCUGAGGAGUGGGCGGGGACGUUCUCACCAGGGAUCGCUGUGUUCCCUGAGAGUUUCAGCCCGGCUCCUCUGGUGUUGCUGUGAUACUUAUCAUGUGUGGCCUGCAGCCUCGACAGGAAAGAUGGCAUUCCUGAACUGUGGUAACCAUGGCAGCAGCAGAUACUUAGAUAGACGGGGGAUGUAAAUGGCUACUAUAUCUAGAUGAGACAACAAUAAGGGAGAAUUGUUGUGUGUGCUUUUAGUGUUUGGUGCUAAGUAAGUUUGAUUUUUAGGGUAAUGUUUUGUAUUAGUUUUCACUUUGGUUCCACUGUUGUUCACUUUAAAUGCACCUUUAUUUGAUUGACACAUUGUGAUGACUCACUAGGUGGCUUUAACUUGUCCUCUGACUGGUUGGAAAAUACUUUUAAAAUGUAUAUUUUUUGCAACAUGUUUAAUUAGUGUGGUUAUAAUUUUAGAGAUGUUUCAUUUUCUGAUGAAUACAGAGAAUAUUUAAAAUAUUAUUAUUAUUUUUUACUUAAUUGUAUUUAAGUUUGGUUCAGACUUGUGAUGCCUGGAUAUAACUGGUGUUUAAAUGGCUUGACUUAAAGCCUAAUGAAGAGUUUAGAUGUGAUCAUUUCACUGACAUCAAUUGACGUCAAUGCUGCUAACAUGGUGGAUAAUGAUUAUUGAUGAUAAAUUCUUAAAGCUCUAGGGAGACUUUGCAAAGAGGAAGAGUUACAUAAUGAACAGAGACACUUUGUGAAAUUACAAAAAGUUUUAUCACUCAAGUCCUCUGGGAGUCAAGAGCCUUACUUCAGGGUGUACACAACUGUUGAGGACAGAAACCGGCGUCUCAUUGACCUCCCUGACCCACAUUCUCUACCAUAAACAAUAAACAGUGAAGGCUUUUCUGAAAGCUUACUUCUUCUGACACUGUGCACUAUACCCUCUCUUAGCACCUUGAAUAGAUAGCAUUUUUUUGGCUUAUAAAAAACUGCUUUAUGUUCACCUUUUAACAGAAUGAAGAUAAUGUCACAGAUAUAAAACAAAAAGGAAUAAACUGUUUUAAAAAAAUCCAAGAUUUCUGCAUUUCCACCCUGUAUUGACAACUUUCUAAUAAACCGCUAUUAAGCCUAA